AGGGAAGAGGAGGAAGAGUGGGGGGAAAGGAGGGAGGAGGAGGUUGCCAGCUCUGCCUGAGCUGGUCUCCGGCUCCUGCGGCUGAGUUUGGGAGCUGUCUGAGAAGUGAUGUUUGUUUGUUUGUUUUCUUUAAAGGCAGAUGGCUAGCGUAGAAACAGAAACUGCCUCGUCUCUUCGGAUUUGUGCAAGGUUCUUCUUUUGCGUCGUGGGACUGGUGAUCAUCGUGCUGUGAUGUGUGUCCAGAGAGGAAUUGCUGCACAACCUGCAUCUCCCCGUGUUUUGGACAUGACCGAGGCUCUUCAAUGGGCCAGAUACCACUGGCAGCGGCUGAUCGGCAGUACAAACACGGAUGAUGAUGAGAGACCCUACAACUAUUCCUCUCUGCUUGGCUGCGGGGGCAAGUCCUCUCAGACCCCCAAAGUGGCAGGAAGGCACCGGGUGGUUGUCCCCCACCUCCGGCCCUUCAAGGAUGAAUACGAAAAGUUCUCUGGAACCUAUGUGAAUAACAGAAUACGGACAACCAAGUACACGCUUUUGAAUUUUGUGCCAAGAAAUUUAUUUGAACAAUUUCACAGAGCCGCCAAUUUAUAUUUCCUGUUUCUAGUUGUCCUGAACUGGGUGCCUUUGGUAGAAGCCUUCCAAAAAGAAAUUACCAUGCUGCCUCUGGUGGUUGUCCUUACAAUUAUUGCAGUUAAAGAUGGCUUGGAAGAUUACCGAAAAUAUAAAAUUGACAAAAGGAUCAACAAUUUAGUCACUAAAGUUUACAGUAGGAAAGAGAAAAAAUAUGUUGAUAGAUGCUGGAAGGAUGUUACUGUUGGCGACUUUAUUCGGCUUUCCUGUAAUGAGGUCAUUCCUGCAGAUAUGGUUUUACUCUUUUCCACUGAUCCAGAUGGAAUCUGUCACAUUGAGACUUCCGGUCUUGAUGGAGAGAGCAUUAAACAGAGGCAGGUGGUUCGGGGCUAUUCAGAGCAGGACUCUGAAGUUGAUCCUGAGAAGUUCUCCAGUAGGAUAGAAUGUGAAAGUCCAAACAAUGACCUCAACAGAUUCCGAGGCUUUCUAGAACAUUCCAACAAAGAACGUGUGGGUCUCAGUAAAGAGAAUUUAUUACUUAGAGGAUGCACCAUAAGGAACACAGAGGCUGUCAUGGGCAUCGUGGUUUAUGCAGGUCAUGAAACCAAAGCGAUGCUGAACAACAGUGGACCAAGGUAUAAGCGCAGCAAGUUAGAAAGAAGAGCAAAUACAGAUGUCCUCUGGUGUGUCCUACUUUUGGUUAUAAUGUGUUUAACUGGUGCAUUGGGUCAUGGAAUCUGGUUGAGCAGAUAUAAAAACAUACCCUUUUUUAACAUCCCUGAGCCUGAUGGCCAUGUCACAUCACCAGUGUUGGCAGGAUUCUAUAUGUUUUGGACCAUGAUCAUCCUGUUACAGGUCUUGAUUCCCAUUUCUCUCUAUGUUUCCAUUGAAAUCGUGAAGCUGGGACAGAUAUAUUUUAUUCAAAGCGACGUGGAUUUCUACAAUGAGAAGAUGGAUUCUACUGUUCAGUGCCGAGCCCUGAACAUCACUGAGGAUCUUGGACAGAUUCAGUACCUCUUUUCUGAUAAGACAGGAACUCUCACAGAGAACAAGAUGGUUUUUCGAAGAUGUAGUGUGGCAGGCUUUGACUACUGCCAUGAGGAAAAUGCCAAAAGGUUAGAGUCCUAUCAGGAAGCUGUCUCUGAAGAUGAAGAUUUUGCCGACACUCUCAGUGGCUCCCUUGGCAAUAUGGCAAAGCCAAGGACCCCCAGCUGCAGGACGGUUCACAAUGGGCCUUUGGGAAGUAAAUCCUCGAAUCAUCUCAGCGGGAGCUGUUUCGCUCUAGGAAGUGGAGAAGGAGCUGGUGAAGUGCCUCAUUCCAGACAGGCUGCUUUCAGUAGCCCCAUUGAAACAGAUGUGGUACCAGAUACCAGGCUUUGGGACAAGUGUAGUCAGAUUACUCCUCAGCUCUUUACCCCACUGGAUGAUGCUGUCCCAGAUCCGCCACUCGAGACUCUGUACAUCAUCGACUUCUUUAUUGCAUUGGCAAUUUGCAACACAGUGGUGGUUUCUGCUCCUAACCAACCACGGCAAAAGAUCAGACUCUCUUCUCUGAGUGGAAUGCCCAUUAAGUCUUUGGAAGAAAUUAAAAACCUGUUCCAGAAGCUGUCUGUCCGAAGGUCAAGUUCGCCAUCUCUUGCCAGUGGGAAGGAGCCAUUCUCUGGGGUCCCAAACGCCUUUGUGAGCAGACUUUCCCUCUUUAGUCGCAUGAAACCUGCUUCUCCUCUAGAGGAAGAGAGCUCCCAGACGAGUGAGAGCCCCCAGGGCCAUGGGAGCUCAGCUUGUCCCACAGAAACUGAGCAACAGAGCAGUGAUGAGGGCAUCACGGACGGCAAGGUGGGAUCCCCGCCUGGACAGCCCUCGGCCUCCAGCCUGUGUUACGAGGCCGAGAGCCCGGAUGAAGCAGCCCUGGUGUAUGCCGCCCGGGCUUACCAGUGCACGUUACGGUCCCGGACGCCAGAGCAGGUGGUGGUGGACUUCGCUGCUUUGGGACCAUUAACAUUUCAACUCCUGCACAUCCUGCCCUUCGACUCCGUAAGGAAAAGGAUGUCGGUUGUGGUCCGCCACCCCCUUUCCAACCAAGUCGUGGUGUAUACAAAGGGUGCGGAUUCUGUCAUCAUGGAGCUGCUCUCUGGGGCUUCCCCAGAUGGACCAAGUCUGGAGAAACAACAGAUGAUGAUAAGGGAGAAAACCCAGAAGCACUUGGACGACUAUGCCAAACAAGGCCUGCGUACUCUGUGUAUCGCAAAGAAGAUCAUGAGUGACACAGAAUACGCAGAGUGGCUGAGAAAUCAUUUUUUAGCUGAAACCAGCAUUGACAACAAGGAAGAAUUACUCCUUGAAUCGGCCAUGAGAUUGGAGAACAAACUAACUUUACUUGGUGCUACUGGCAUUGAAGACCGCCUGCAAGAGGGUGUCCCCGAGUCUAUAGAAGCCCUUCACAAAGCUGGAAUCAAGAUCUGGAUGCUGACAGGGGACAAACAGGAAACAGCUGUCAACAUUGCUUAUGCGUGCAAGCUCCUGGAGCCAGAUGACAAGCUUUUUAUCCUCAAUACUGAAACUAAAGAUGCCUGUGAGGUGCUGAUGGACACAAUUUUGAAAGAGCUUCAGGGGAAGAACCCAGCUGCUCCAGAGCGAGGACCAUUAAGCGAGGAUUCACAGCAGCCUCCUGGCCCCCAGGACCCAGGGCUGCGCGCUGGACUCAUUAUCACGGGGAAGACCCUGGAGUUCGCCCUGCAGGAGAGUCUGCAGAGGCAGUUCCUGGAGCUGACUGCUUGCUGCCAGGCUGUGGUCUGCUGCCGAGCCACACCCCUGCAGAAGAGCGAGGUGGUGAAACUGGUACGCGGCCAUCUCCGGGUGAUGACCCUGGCCAUUGGUGAUGGCGCCAAUGACGUUAGCAUGAUACAGGUGGCAGACAUUGGGAUUGGGAUCUCGGGUCAGGAAGGCAUGCAGGCGGUGAUGGCCAGUGACUUUGCCAUUUCUCAGUUUAAACAUCUCAGCAAGCUCCUCCUCGUCCAUGGGCACUGGUGUUACACCCGGCUUUCCAACAUGAUUCUCUAUUUUUUCUACAAGAACGUGGCCUAUGUGAACCUCCUUUUCUGGUACCAGUUCUUUUGUGGGUUUUCAGGAACAUCCAUGACUGACUAUUGGGUCUUGAUCUUCUUCAACCUCCUUUUCACAUCCGCCCCUCCCGUCAUCUAUGGUGUUCUGGAGAAGGAUGUGUCUGCAGAGAUGCUCCUGCAACUGCCUGAGCUUUACAGGAGUGGCCAGAGAUCAGAGGCAUACUUACCCCACACCUUCUGGAUCACCCUGUUGGAUGCCUUUUAUCAAAGCCUGGUCUGCUUCUUUGUGCCUUACUAUACCUACCAGAGCUCAGACAUUGACAUCUUUGCAUUCGGGAACCCCCUGAACACAGCUGCUCUCUUCAUCAUUCUCCUCCAUCUGGUCAUUGAAAGCAAGAGUUUGACUUGGAUCCACAUGCUGGUCAUCGUUGGGAGCAUCUUGUGUUAUUUUCUCUUCGCCUUGGCUUUUGGAGCCAUGUGUGUAACUUGCAACCCACCAUCCAAUCCCUACUGGAUUAUGCAGGCACACAUGCUGGAUCCAGUGUUCUACUUAGUUUGUGUUCUCACAACCUGUGUUGCUCUUCUGCCCAGAUUUAUAUACAGAGUUCUUCAGGGAUCCCUGUUUCCAUCUCCAAUUCUGAGGGCUAAGCACUUUGACAGACUGACUGCCGAGGAGAGGAAGGAAGCUCUCAAGAAGUGGAGAGGGGCUGGAAAGAUGGAUCCAGUGACAUCUAAGUGUGCUGACUACUCAGCUGCCAAGUCAGAGAGAAUACCCAUUUCGGACCCUCCUGCUGUCUUUACAGUGAUGUCUUCAACUUCUUGUGUUUUUGAGCAUGGAAACUUAGCUGUAUGUGAAACUGCUAUAGACUCAGACUCCUCUAAAACUAAGGUCUCAGGGAUGGCUGGACCCUCAAACAACUGAAAAAGUAGGAUACCCUCCUUGGAGUUCCAAGUGUUCCUUCAAGUGUGGAAUGGGGACUUUGAAGAGGCUCCUCUACCAAGCAAGAAUGACUUGGAUUUUUCCUUAAGGGACAAGAGCAUCUUGUUCUUGAGCUCAGAAAAGCUAAAGUGAUGACCUUUGCUGUAUGUUUGUACAUACAUUUUUAAAGGAGGUUAAAGUUGGGCCUGUACAGAGUUUAAAGAAGUGAAAUAUUUAAUUCAGAAUCAAAUGCUUUUAUGAAACUUUUUGGAUUUUUGUGAAAGCAUUUUAAUUGCCUUAGAAAUGCAGACAUUUUCAAGGAGAUUCAUUUGAGACAAAUAUUUAUUUUAUUUUCUGCUCAUUUCAGUGUUCUCCCAAGGUGGAGCCUUCAUUCGGAAGGGGCACCGGGGGUCCCAGGGGUCCACAGAGAUGUGUUCUCUCCGCUUCCAGUCAAAAGAAGACUUUAUGAGGUCUGCCUCUGUGCAAAUGUUGUCAGUUGAGAAACAGAUACAGAAUGUUGGUAAGGAAGACAGAAUCAGUCGAGUCUAGAACCCAUUUGGCAAUUUCCUGUAUUCUAAAACUGACAAUAGCCUGAUCCAGAUGAGACAAUCAGUUUCAAAGAGUCUUCAGGAGACCAUUUGAGGGUUUGUAGUCUUGAGAGUACCCUACAAUUUUUCUGGUUGUGCAGCCUCUAAAAAUGAGAUAUUGUGUAGUGAGACUGAUACAGGUGGUUCUCAGGAAUUUUCUAUGACGUUCUUAGAAAAAUUAAUAUUUAAUACAUUUUAGGACAGGAAUGGCUAUACCAAGUUAAUUGCUGUUACAAAUCAUGUAUGCUGGCUUUGGUUGGAACAAAGAAACCAGUUGCUACCCAAACUGCCAGGUAUUAUUAUAAAAUCAUGUAUUCUUGCUGA